CUUUGUAUUUUAUUAGCUGAGUACUCUUUCACCGUUUCCUUAUAAUCACCACACGAAACACACACACACAGACACACCUCCUUUUCAUCUCUCGAAAUACGAUUUUCCUUAAAAUCAUUUACCUACCUAUAGUGAUGGGUUUGUCAAUGUUCUUCUCCUCUGAAAAUGAUGUCGUCCAUCAUCACUCCUCGCCUUAUGCUUCUGUUGACUGCACUCUCUCCCUUGGAACUCCCUCUACUCGCCUCUUCAACGACGACGAUGACCGUAGAUUCUCUACUCAUACUUCGAACAAUAUCUCCAACCCCUUAGGCUCAUGGGACUUCUUGCACGGUGGCAAGAAAGCCGGUGGAGGCGGCGGAAACAACUUAGUUGCUCGCCGCUGCGCUAACUGUGACACCACUUCUACUCCUCUUUGGAGAAACGGUCCAAGUGGUCCCAAGUCACUGUGCAAUGCGUGUGGAAUCCGAUUCAAGAAGGAAGAAAGACGUACGUCGGCAGCCGGAAACUCUACUUCCGGUGGAGGACUAACGGCUUUUGGUGUUCCGGCAUCGGAUCAUCACGGAGGUGCAGAUAACUAUUAUAAUAACAACAGUAAUAAUAAUCAUUAUUGUGCAUCAACGUCGCCUUGGACUCACCACCAACAGCAAAAUACGCAAAGAGUUCCUUAUUACUCGCCGGCGAACAACAACAAAUAUUCUUUCGUUGAUGACGUCAGAGAGAGCCAUGAUAUCACGACCGAUCCCUUCUUGUCUUGGAGGCUUAACGUUGCCGACCGGACCAGACUUGUCCAUGAUUGUACGAUGUGAUGAGUUAUAUAUGACCGUUUCAUAUCUUUUCCCCAUAAGAGUUUUGGCCUUGGAUACCUUUUAGCCAAAACAAAAAAAAGGAGAAAGUCUUAAAUUUUCAUUUUAUU